AUGGGUCACGAAGAUGCUGUUUAUCUGGCCAAGCUCGCCGAGCAGGCCGAGCGAUAUGAGGAGAUGGUCGAGAACAUGAAGAUCGUCGCCUCCGAGGACCGCGACCUGACCGUCGAGGAGCGCAACCUCCUCUCCGUCGCCUACAAGAACGUCAUUGGUGCCCGCCGUGCCUCUUGGAGAAUAGUCACUUCUAUCGAGCAGAAGGAGGAGUCUAAGGGCAACUCUUCCCAGGUUACCCUUAUCAAGGAGUACCGCCAGAAGAUUGAGGCCGAGCUUGCCAAGAUCUGCGAUGACAUUCUCGAUGUUCUUGACAAGCACCUGAUUCCUUCUGCCAAGUCUGGAGAGUCCAAGGUCUUCUACCACAAGAUGAAGGGUGACUACCACCGUUACCUUGCCGAGUUCGCCAUUGGCGACCGCCGCAAGGACUCCGCCGACAAGUCUCUCGAGGCUUACAAGGCUGCUACCGAGGUUGCCCAGACCGAGCUGCCUCCUACCCACCCUAUCCGCCUGGGUCUUGCGCUCAACUUCUCCGUCUUCUACUACGAGAUCCUCAACGCCCCUGACCAGGCUUGCCACCUCGCUAAGCAGGCAUUCGACGAUGCUAUUGCUGAGCUCGACACCCUCAGCGAGGAGAGCUACAAGGACUCCACCCUCAUCAUGCAGCUGCUCCGUGACAACCUGACUCUCUGGACCUCUUCUGAGGCCGAGAACACUUCUGGCCAAGCCGAUGCCCCCGCCAAGGAGGAGACCCCAGCCGAGGCUGCCGCCCCCGCUGAGGAGCCCAAGGCUGAGUAA